GAAAUAAAAAAGAAAUUUGGUUGGAGAGGUGAGAAAGAGCGAGGGCGCAGAGAGUGAUAAUAAAUAGAAGAUACUCAAGAUAGAGAGAUAGAGGAAGUGGGUUCAGGUUAUUAUUUAUAUUUUUAAGAAGACUUGUUGUUUUUUAGCUUUCAGGGGAGGCAACGAACGGCUUCUGUUUCCUGCAGUCAGGUGCAGCUACAGCUACAGGGAGAAGGAAGACAAUGACAAUAGAUGAUGAUAGGUCAAUUUAUAUAGGAGGACUCCCUUACAAUGCCUCUGAGGAUACUCUUCGCAGAGUCUUCAAUCUCUAUGGCUCCAUUGUCGCUGUUAAGAUUAUUAAUAACCAUGGGACAAGUGGAAAAUGCUAUGGCUUUGUCACUUUCAGAAAUCCUAGAUCUGUAAUUGAUGCCAUCAAUGACAUGAAUGGCAAGACUAUUGAUGGUCGAGUUGUAAGAGUAAAUGGAGUAACGAGUAGAAGUGGAAAAUCAAAUUUCACUGGAGAAGAUAUCCGAUCUCAUGUAGAGAGGGGUAGGGAAAGAGGUCGUGAAAGGGACUAUGAUCAUGACAGGCACCGACAAUGGCACAAUGACAGGUCUAGAGAGCGGGAUCGCUCUUGGGGCUAUGAUGAAGACAGUGAAAGAGGAUAUGAGCAUGCACGUCUUCAUGAUCGAGCAAGGGAUGGUUUCUAUGGUAGAGAUCGUAGCCGAGAGAGAGAAUUGGAGAAUAAUGAGCAAGAAAAAGAAUGGAAGAGUGAUAGGAAUAAGGAAAGGGGUCAUGAUCUUGAUGGGGAUCGAGAUUGGGAGAUGGGUGGAACCAAUGGCAAUCCUACAAUUGUUGACAAGGCCUCAGAUCAGAACUCAAGGAAACUGAAUGGUUCCAUAUAUAAUGACCAGCAUAAAAGGGAAAUUUCAUCAUAUUCAAGUGAUGAUUACCAUGAUGAGGUGAAGGAAAAAUUUGAGAAAUCAACUAAGACGCAUGAUGAACUUAAAAACAAGGUUUCUCAUAUGGAGGAGAGGUUGGAAAAUAAACAGCAAUUUGUUUCAGAUUUACAGAAAAAAGCUCUGAUAUUAGAGGGUGCUUUGCUGACUGCAAAGAAGCUCUCCUUGCAACGUAGGAUGCAGUUGACCAAGCUACAAAAAUGUUUUCUGCAAGUGAAAGAAUACACCAACAGACUUAAAAGCUGUGAACAGGAACUUAAGUCUGUCGUUGACUCAGCAAUGAUAGAGAGUGAAAUGGGCGAUGAUACUGCCACAAGGGAUGGAAUCAUAACUAUUGUAUAAGGCAUGACCUUACAGAGAAGUGACCAGUCCUAUAAACAUCGUGCAGUGGAUGGUAUUGACACAGCUUCGCCUUAUGAGAUUAGUUUCUUUGUACCUUUGUGAUGAUGGCCCUAUGCCUUUUGUUAUGCUCAUGUACAUAUAUAUGCAGAUGUUAAGAUGCACCUUCACCUUCCAUCUAGUUUUAUGAUGUGGACGCUAUCAAUUUAUCAUCAAACUUUGUUUCACGUCUACAAAUCGUCUGAAGUGCAAUCAAAAGGUUUAUUUCCGUUC